AUGAAGCUCGUUGACCACGUGGUGAGGAGCUUCAAGGUGGCCAAGGUUUUCCGUGAGAAUUCUGAUCGCAUAAAUAGCAUCGACUUUUCACCAAAUGGGGACACCUUGAUCUCCUGUUCGGAGGAUGACCAGAUCGUAAUAUAUGAUUGUGAGAAAGGCACUCAGGUGCGUACAGUUAAUUCCAAGAAGUAUGGUGUAGAUUUAAUCCAUUUCACCCAUGCAAAGAACACUGCAAUACACAGCAGUACCAAAAUUGAUGAUACCAUCCGCUACCUAAGCCUGCACGACAACAAAUAUAUCAGAUAUUUCCCAGGUCAUAGCAAGAAAGUUGUAUCACUAUGUAUCAGCCCUAUAGAAGAUACAUUUCUUUCUGGUUCUCUAGAUAAGUCAUUAAGACUAUGGGAUUUACGUUCACCUAAUUGUCAUGGUGUUAUGAAUGUUUCGGGGCGUCCAGUUGCUGCAUAUGAUCCAGAAGGUCUAAUUUUUGCAGCAGGUGUCAAUUCAGAGUUUUUAAAACUAUAUGAUUUACGCAGUUUUGACAAGGGGCCAUUUGUUACAUUUAAAUUGUCUCAAGAAAAAGAGUGUGAUUGGACAGGACUAAAGUUCAGCAGAGAUGGUAAAACCAUUUUAAUUUCCACGAAUGGUAGUACAAUUCGUUUGAUUGAUGCAUUUCAUGGUACACCUUUACAAACAUUUGCUGGUUACUUGAAUAACAAAGGAAUUGCAAUUGAAGCCAGCUUUAGCCCUGAUUCACAGUUUGUAUUCAGUGGAUCCACAGAUGGUAGAGUGCAUGUAUGGAAUGCUGAGACUGGAUAUAAAGUUUGCGUGCUUAAUGGAGAUCACCCUGCACCAGUUCAGUGUAUUCAGUUCAAUCCUAAGUAUAUGAUGUUAGCGUCAGCUUGUACUAAUAUGGCAUUUUGGUUACCUACUGUUGAUGAAAGUGCAUAAAAUCAAUGCACCAGACACUGGGCAAUGCUCGCAAGAAUUAAUCUAAUUUUGUGCAAGAAGGAACUGAAAAUGACAUCGUUUCAAAGAAGAAAUGACAACAGACAGUUCUUGGGUAUUUUAAAUGAGCAGAAAUUGCAUUUACAUUAUGUACAAAGUUAAAUAGCCGACGUAUGAGACGCCGGUGUUGGAACAAACCCAAGAAGCAGAAAAAUGGCUACAAUAUCCAAGAGAU